AUGAGUUCAGGCUACGAGCUUCACCAGAAGCUGCGAACCAAGACGGUUCGACAAGUCAAGAAGAAGCAAUACGAUGAGGCGAUUUCGACGCUUCAUCAGGGAGCACUCGAGCUGCUCUCCCAAUCCGAGCAGGGAUCUGGCUGCGACCUGGCGGUAUACAUGAUCGAUGUAUACGGCAUCAAGAACCAAGUGGUAGAUUCAGAAGCGCGCGAUCGGAUUACUGACAUUCUCAGCAAAGCGGCGGCGGAUUUUUGGCGCAAGAAGGUGAUUGAUGCUGCGGUCAAGUGGUCGGUAAAAGCGAGCGGUGCUUCUACGGGAGAUCCUCUGUUGAGGUUGUUCAUCGCCAAGCUGUACGCGCACGAGGCAGAUUUCGAGCACGCCGAGCCACAUUUCUUGGCGAGCUGCGUGCAGACUGAACAGACUUAUGCAGUAGAGAGUGCGCCAAAAGCGUAUGCUCAAGCAAUGGCGGAUUGGCUCUCUGCAUUCGCGACGCAGACCUCGCAGAUGCCAGGUGAGACGCGCAAUGCGGAUGCGAUCCAACGCAUUGAAGCGGGUCGAUUUGCUCUACGUGCCACCAUCCCGCUCCUCGCCAACCACGCCGUGAAAGCAGCGACGACAUUCCAAGAAUCCUACCUCUCCACCGUCACCGCUCGCCUGAAAAGCCUUCUGCUACCCGUCCAACCCAACCCUCGACCAUACAUCCCGCCCGGUUCCGCCACUACCUCGUCCGAUCUUCAGCUCUACUUGACAGCCAAUGCCGAUCUUAACUUCAGCCAAAUCGCCGUGGCUCUCGUAUGCGAGGCGGCCAAACUCUCACGCGUCCCGGAUUCGCUCCGAAACGCGUGGAUCCAACUGGUGCGACAGUACGAGAAGGAAGCUCCCGCGUUGACGCACGAGGAUGCAGUGAGAGCUGCCAUUCCACAGAUCGGAACCGACUGGUUCGGCUUGCAGCAGCAGCGGAACCAGAACAACAUGCUGAGCGAUAUGAUGGCGAGCCUAUUCGGUGGUCCACCCACCAGCGCAUCCGGCGCCGCCACCGAGAAGAAACACAUUCAAGGAGCCGGUGCGCCUCCUAAGCCGCUCAAUGCACCAUCCCCCAAUGCAGCACAAUCGUCGUCCACAUCCACAACAAGCGCUCCUGCGCUAGCGGAUGACUUGGCAGACGACGAAAUGGACUGA